AUGCAAUUAGAUUAUCUAUAUAAUAUACUUAGUAAUACUGAAUUACAAAAUCUAACAAUAUUAUUGAAUUCUAAUCAAGGAAAUUUAACAUUAUUUGCUCCACCCAAUAAUGUCAGUUCUUAUAAUAAUACUCAAUUAAAUAACAUGUUGAGAUAUAAUACUGUUAAUGGUUCUUUAGCAUCUAAUACUAUUUCAGAGAAAAAACAAUUUUCGCAAACUUUAUUAAAUAGUCCGGAUUUGGUUCAAUUACCUUUAGGAGCAAGUCAAGUUAUAGUGAUAAAUAAAACGGAUAACACGAUAUUUUUGAAUACUGGAAUAGUUGGAGUGAAAGUAAAUCAAUCUGAUAUUAUAUUUAUUUUACCACCCGAGGAUUUUAAUUCUACCAUGAAUAAUUAUGGUUUAAAUUCUUCAUAUAACGCAUUCAAUACUGUAAACCUUAUUUCUACAAUAGAAAGUAUUGUUGGAAUUACAAUUUUGGUUGCUAAUAAUGAAGCAUUUGAAUCCGAUACUGAUUAUAUUAAUUAUAAUUCUUCUUAUCAAUCAUCUAUUUGUUCUUUACACAUAAUUCCCGAAUUAAUUUAUUCCACUAACUUUAAGACAAUAACUAAAUAUAACACUCUUAAUGAAGGAAAAGUAGAAGUUACUGUUUCAUCAACAGAUGGUGAAAUAGAUAUUGGAGGUGCAAAAAUAAUAUAUCCUGAUAUUUUAAUUAAAAAUGGAGUUAUUCAUGUAAUAGAUCGAAUAAUAAAAAGAAAUUCAUCAACAACACCUACAACUACUAAAUCAACCUCAAGUGCUUCUGAUCUACCAUCUGCAGCACCUGCUAAUUUUUCUGAUUCCAAUUCCUUAGAUAAAAAAUCAAAAAUUGGAAUAGGAUUAGGAGUUGGUUGUUUUGUAAUUGUAGCGGGUGCUUUUUUGAUAUUAUUACUUAAAUGGUAUCGAGCAAAACAUGCGAGAAAUAAAAAAACGGGGACAAGGGAGGCAAGUACAGCGGAGACAACGGAUGCUUGA